CGCGCAACCACCUACGCAUUAACUGAGUAUAGGCGACUAAACGCCACUCUGACUCGCUAUAUAAGCUCACCGAUAGAGAUCGGUCUUCUUCGUCCAGCACUCCCGAGCAGCAGCGUUACUUACUCACUAGUCACUACUGCUUGGCUCUAGCCUCUAGCUAGUCAACUCCUGCUUGGCCCGGCAUGGGGAGGGCGCCGAGCGGUGCGUGGAACAUGGCGCUUCUGGGGCUGGCCGUCGCGGUGGUUCUUGCGGUGGCCGCCGAGGCGCGGUCCUUGGAGAAGCAGAACCUAUGCGGUGGUUGCGGGCUUGGUGGCGGGGGAGGGUAUGGCAGUGGCGGUGGCCUUGGACACGGUGUAGGGUUUGGAGGAGGGAAGGGUGGCGGUUUCGGUGGGGGUGCAGGCGGUGGAGCUGGAGGUGGCUUAGGCGGAGGCGGGGGGCUUGGUGGUGGUGAAGGAGGUGGUUAUGGUGGUGGUGCCGGCAGGGGUGCUGGUGGAGGCGGAGGGCUUGGUGGUGGUGAAGGAGGUGGUUAUGGUGGUGGUGCCGGCGGAGGUGCUGGUGGAGGCGGCGGCCUUGGGGGUGGUUCUGGUGGAGGUCUCGGCGGUGGUGAGGGCGGAGGCGGUGGUCUUGGUGGCGGAGGAGGAGCUGGGGCUGGUGGUGGUUACGGUGGAGGAGCAGGUGCAGGUGGCGGCAAUGGCGGGGGGUAUGGCGGAGGUGCCGGAGGCGGUUACGGUGGAGGAGCUGGUGGAGGUACUGGCGGUGGAUACGGUGGAGGUGCAGGAGCAGGAAGUGGCUCUGGAGGCGGCUAUGGUGGAGGCGCUGGUGGAGGCUACGGUGGUGGUGCUGGCGCUGGUAGUGGCAGUGGCCUUGGCUCUGGCGGCGGUGGAGGUUAUGGUGGUGGUGCCGGAGGCGGAGGCGGAGGUGGAGGUGGAGGUGGCAUCGGCGGCGGUGUGUGAUUCAACCUCUUACAUCCAUGCAUGGCGUGUGCAUGCAAGUGCUCGACGCACUCCUCUUGCAGUUUCAGGCAUGCGUGGAGUCAAGCUAAUAGCAUGUGUGCGAUAUACCGAUCGAUCCUGAUCGUACUCUGUGCGUAACGAUCAUAGUAAACAGAAUAAAGAGUUAAUGUUGCAAUAAAUUGAGUCGGUCAUAAUUGUAUAUGAUGAUAUAUAGUUUAUACUUUAUACGGUAUAUAAACUGCGUCAGUAGCAAGCUAAGCUGAGGAAGAGCUACUUUGUAAGUUUGUAUUGUACUAUUUUAGUUGUAUUUUGUCAAAAUAAAGGAAAUAUUAUGAGCUACAUGGAGUUCGUA